AUGGAUGCUCACAACGGUACACCUUAUCCUCGGACGAACUUCAGUGCUGGAGCGAAAUGGAUCAAGAAUCUGACUCGGGAUAGAUUGAACAAUUUCAAUGGAGGCCACUUCUCCGAUGUGAACCUCUCCGCGGUCAUGUUCAUACAUCGCAUUGAUAAUGAAGAGCACGUCAAACUGGAAGUCUGGAGUGCACCUGGAUUGACCAAGCCGACCUUCGAGGAGGCAAUGGAGCAGACAUUCAAGCCAGCGAAGAAGGGAAUGGCAUUUGGGCCGUCAUGUUAG